GUGUCUAAUAAAUGGGCGUUAUUGUUGAUGCGAACUUUGUUUAGGUAGAAAAAUGGCUGGCACUUAUUAUUUCGUCAUCGUGGGCCACUCCGAUAAUCCUAUAUUUGAAAUUGACUUCAUACCAACCACGAAAGAAGUGAAGAAGGAGGAUAACAGACAUCUGAACCAGUUCAUAGCGCACGCUGCGCUCGAUCUAGUCGACGAACACAUGUGGAAGGUGACCAACACGUACCUCAAGUCAGUGGACAAGUUCAACCAGUGGUUUGUUUCAGCUUUUGUCACUGCCAGUCAAAUGCGUUUCAUAAUGGUGCAUGAUUCACGUAAUGAAGAUGGCAUUAAAAACUUCUUUACGGAUGUCUACGAGGCGUAUAUAAAACUUAUGCUGAACCCCUUCUAUAAAGAAGACACAUUGAUCACUCUACCAGCAUUUGAAAAGAAGGUUCAGUUUCUGGGCAAGAAAUAUCUUACAUAGUAUUUAUGGGAACCUAAUUAUCAACUAUUCUUUAAAUAUGUUGUGUACAGUGAGAACUUUUAGUGUUUUUUCUGCAAAUGAACUCUAUACUGAACUUGAAUUUGCUAGAAUAGGUGAAUAAUCCUUUGGCUAUACACAGUAUGUAUUAGUUGUGCAAAGUAUUUAAAAAUAAUAUUAUUGUUGUCAUUGUGUGAGUUUUGCGAUUGUUUAUGGUGUCCAAUGACACGGUUAGAUUAACGAAAAAAGAGUUCAAAAAUACAUUCCUCAUUCAGUCAAUUUGUAUUAAGAAGAAUUUCCCAGUGACAGACAGAGCAUCGGCAAGUGUUUAAUUAUACCAAUUUGGUUAUAAACACUGAUGGUAUUUUGAUGUUGUUAUACUUUUAUUAAGUUUGCUCUCAAAAUUGUUUCGAUCUACAAAUGGAAAUAUGGAAAAGAAGUUAACGCAGAAGAAACAAUAAUUAUUAUAGAAAAAAAGCUAUAAUUAAAAUAGUAUCUGUUGGCCAGAAAUGAUCUCUAUUUACCAGUGGAAUGGUUGUGGAAUCAGUGUCGGUCAGCUGUUGAACAACAGACAAAGUGGCGGGAAGUACAAGUCGCCCACCUGGUGGUAAGUGACACGCCUGUCCAUAACAGUUGCAGUACCACUCAGAGCCAUAAAUCACAAAGAUCUGAGGGGCACUGCCACUGCACCCAGCACC